UAAUGCAAACAGCCGCACGCUAACAGGAUAGUUAGUUAACAACAAACGACACAAAUUCGAAAAACAAAAAAAAAAGACUUCUACUCUAGAUCUUUAUAUCUAGAUCUAGAUUAUUUUAGAUCUAAACUUUUUUAUAGACUCUAGAUCUAUAUGCAAAGAAAGCAUGGAUGCUGAUUUGUAUGAUGAGUUUGGGAACUACAUAGGCCCUGAGUUAGACAGUGAUGAUGGGGACGAGGAGGAAGAAGAGGAACAAGAUGAGGAUGAUGACUAUGUUGAUAGGGAUGAUGAAGAUGACAUGGAUCAAGAUGAGGCAGAGAAUCCAGCAGAGAUGCAGGUAGUCCUCCAUGAAGAUAAGAAGUACUACCCAACUCCGGAAGAGGUGUAUGGUCCUGAUGUUGAGACUAUUGUACAAGAAGAAGACACACAGCCUCUCACUGAGCCCAUAAUUGCUCCAAUCAAGAAUAAAAAAUUCAGUAUGGUAGAACAAGACUUGCCAACUACAACAUACAACAUGGAGUUUUUAGCUGAUCUCAUGGAUUGUCCUAAUCUAGUUCGCAAUGUCACACUCUGUGGACAUCUCCACCAUGGCAAAACUUCCUUUAUUGAUUGUUUAAUGGAACAAACUCAUCCAGAAAUUGUUGGAGAUUAUGAUUCAGAUAUGAGGUAUGCUGACACCCUGUUCACAGAGCAAGAGCGUGGAGUGAGCAUAAAGUCAACGCCUGUUACUCUUGUUUUGCCUGACACAAAAGCAAAAUCAUUUCUUUUAAAUAUAAUGGACACCCCAGGUCAUGUCAACUUUUCUGAUGAAGUAACAGCUGCUUUCAGAAUCAGUGAUGGAGCUGUUGUAUUUAUUGAUGCAGCUGAAGGGAUGAUGUUGAACACAGAACGCUUGAUAAAGCAUGCCAUGCAAGAAAGACUAUCACUGACCAUUUGUAUCAACAAGAUUGAUAGGCUUAUACUUGAACUAAAAUUACCUCCUGCUGAUGCCUACUUUAAACUAAGACAGAUUAUUGAUGAAGUCAAUGCUAUAAUUGGUCUUUAUGCUGAAGAUGAUCCCAAUCAAAUGGUGUCCCCUAUCUUGGGCAAUGUUUGUUUUGCUAGCUCCUACUACAGAUUCUGCUUCACACUAAAAUCAUUUGCCAAAAUAUAUGCAGACACAUAUGAUGGAAUAAAUGAAAAGGAAUUUGGAAGAAGGUUAUGGGGUGAUUUGUACUUUAACAGUAAAACACGAAAGUUCACAAAGAAACCUGCUACUUCCUCUUCACCGCGCAGUUUUGUUGAGUUCAUACUGGAACCUUUGUACAAGAUAUUUUCUCAGAUUGUUGGUGAUGUUGAUGAAAGCUUACCAAGGGUUUGUGAUGAGUUGGGCAUACAUCUAUCCAAAGAGGAACAAAAGCUCAACAUUCGUCCACUGCUUAGGCUGGUGUGCAAGAGAUUUUUUGGUGACUUUACAGGUUUUGUGGACAUGUGUGUUGAUCACAUCCCCUCACCUGUGGAGAAUGCAAAGAGAAAAAUAGAACACAUUUACACUGGACCGAUGGACUCUGAUUUGGCAGAAGAGAUGAUUCAGUGUGAAGCUGAGGGCCCAUUAAUGAUUCAUACCACUAAACUAUAUCCAACUGAAGACGGCACAAGUUUUCAUGUAUUUGGUCGAGUGAUAAGUGGCACACUCUAUGCCAGCCAGGAAGUGAGAAUCUUGGGAGAAAAUUAUACAUUGCAAGAUGAGGAGGACUCAAGGCUGGGACAGGUUGGAAGGUUAUGGAUUGCUGAGGCCAGAUAUAAAAUUGAAGUAAAUAGAGUCUCAUGUGGAAACUGGAUACUUAUCGAAGGAAUUGAUCAACCUAUUGUGAAAACAUCCACUAUUGUAGAUGUUUCAGGACAUGAAGAGGUGUAUAUCUUCCGUCCAUUAAAAUUUAAUACUGCCUCAGUGAUCAAGAUAGCUGUAGAGCCAGUCAACCCUUCAGAACUACCAAAAAUGUUGGAUGGUUUACGUAAAGUUAACAAGAGUUAUCCUUUACUUACCACAAAAGUUGAAGAAUCUGGAGAGCAUGUAGUGUUGGGAACUGGUGAGCUGUACUUAGAUUGUGUCAUGCAUGAUCUGCGCAGAAUGUACUCAGAGAUUGAUAUCAAAGUGGCUGAUCCAGUUGUUGCAUUUUGUGAAACUGUUGUUGAAACAUCAUCUCUGAAAUGUUUUGCUGAAACACCCAACAAAAAAAACAAAUUAACAAUGAUAGCCGAGCCAUUGGAGAAAGGUCUUGCAGAAGAUAUUGAAAAUGAAAUCGUUCAGAUCACUUGGCCCAGAAAGAAACUGGGGGAAUUUUUCCAGACAAAAUAUGACUGGGAUCUCCUGGCUGCUCGUUCCAUUUGGGCAUUUGGUCCAGACACUACAGGCCCAAAUAUUCUUGUUGACGACACACUUCCUUCUGAGGUUGACAAAAAUCUUUUAGUGACAGUAAAAGACAGUAUAGUGCAAGGCUUCCAAUGGGCAACUCGAGAAGGACCCCUGUGUGAUGAACCCAUUCGCAAUGUGAAAUUUAAAAUCCUGGAUGCUAGCAUUGCCCAAGAACCUAUUCAUAGAGGAGGUGGACAAAUCAUUCCUACAGCAAGAAGAGUUGCGUACUCAGCUUUUCUCAUGGCAACUCCUAGAAUGAUGGAACCCUAUUUAUUUGUUCAAGUCAUGGCACCUGCUGACUGUGUCUCUGCAGUCUACACUGUUUUAGCUAAAAGAAGAGGUCAUGUGACCCAAGAUGCUCCAGUACCAGGCUCACCUCUGUAUACCAUCAAAGCUUUCCUUCCUGCCAUUGAUUCCUUUGGUUUUGAGACAGAUUUGAGGACACACACACAGGGACAAGCAUUUUGCCUUUCUGUCUUUCAUCAUUGGCAGAUUGUGCCUGGUGAUCCUCUAGACAAGUCUCUGCACAUCAGACCUCUGGAAGCCCAGCCUGCUAACUAUCUGGCCAGAGAGUUUAUGAUUAAAACAAGGAGGAGAAAGGGCCUAAGUGAAGAUGUCAGCAUUAACAAAUUUUUCGAUGACCCUAUGUUGUUGGAGUUGGCCAAACAAGAUGUCAUGCUCAAUUACCCCAUCUAGACAGUGUCUUGACAGUAUCAUUACAAGUAUCAUGAUACUUGAGCUGAACUGUGCUGAUUGAUGUACUUUGGGAGUUUCAGACACAAAUGUUGAUAGUAAUAAAGUUUGUUAAGUUCAUGUCAUAUUCAUAGAGAAUUUGUUUUGUUUGUCACCAUACGAACUGUUCAUAUUUCUUCUUUGACUUCAUUAUACACACAAUUGAAACAUUUGUUUUGUUAAGUGACAAACAGAAAAAAAAUAAACACAUUUUUCUUA